CGACGGACAGUUUUGUGUGACGCACGAAUGCUUGAGCACCUUGUUUGAAAUGGCUGUCACGCUUCACACAGAUCUAGGAGAAAUCAAGAUUGAAUUGUUUUGUGAACGGACCCCAAAGUCGUCGGAGAACUUCCUUGCCUUGUGUGCCAGUGGCUUUUACAAUGGUUGCAUCUUUCACCGCAAUAUUAAAGGCUUCAUGGUUCAAACUGGAGAUCCCACAGGCACAGGAAAAGGAGGAACCAGCAUGUGGGGUCGAAAAUUCGAGGAUGAGUUCAAUGAACACUUGAAACACAACGUGAGAGGUAUUGUCUCGAUGGCAAACAACGGGCCGAACACAAACGCCUCGCAGUUUUUCUUCACGUACGCCAAACAGCCUCACCUUGACAUGAAGUACACGGUCUUUGGAAAGAUCAUCGAUGGCUUUGAAACACUGGACGAACUGGAGAAACUGCCGGUUAACGAAAAGACAUUCCGACCAUUAACUGAAACCAGGAUCAAAGACGUCACCAUUCAUGCAAACCCUUUUGCCGGCUAGAAAACAAGGAGAGCCAAAAAACGUAUAUUAUGGCUUAACUAAUGGAAUGAUCACAAUUUUAAUAGAAAAAAAUGUACCAGGUAUCAUUCACAAUCUUUGUCUUGGAGAACCAUGUAAAUA